CUCGAGAAGCGCCUCUGAUGCGCAUGUGCCGGAGUACAGAUGCUCGUUCCAUUAACAAUGAAGGAUCAUGGAGUAACCUUGAAUUAUUAGUGUUACUAUCCGAGCCUGAUAAAGAGGUAUUAGAAAUAUCAGAUAACAGUGGUGACUGUCAGCCUGAAAACGAAUGUGUAGAUUUUGAAAAGAAUUCUCUACCAGCAUACCCUCUUUGCUCAAAAGGAAACGAACCUGGAGGCGCUCAUACGUGCACGGUAUGUGGAAAGCCUGUCCAUGCAUUGGAUUUCUGUUCAGUGCCUGUUGAUGGUGAAAAUGAGGGCUAUGGUCAGAAGCGUUUGUGCUUGCAAUGCCAUACUCAAGAAAAUGUGAAUGACAUUAUCGCCUCACAAGAUUUUGAAGAUUGGGGUGGUCAAAUUUCAGCUGCACAAAAACCAAAUAAGCCGAAAGGUACAUAUCUGAAAAAUAGUUAUGCACAGAAUGCACUUCUGUUGCAUUCAAAAUUUAUAGACGUACCCAUUAUAAAGAAUGGCGGAGAUGUGCAGCUGAAAGGCGUAAAAAAUAAGCAGGUGGUGAUAACGUUGCAAAACACGUGCAGUUUUGAUAGCUUUUUCCAACUGUUCUUGUGCGCAUCAUUUGAUUAUAAAAAAUUCGCUGAUGAACUUGCCAGUCAUCAAUGCAAUAAUUUCUUUAAAAUGGUGAUGUACGUGAACAAGAAAGGCAUCAACAAAUCAACAUAUAAGCAAAGGUGCAAUAUUCUAUGUGAAAUAUUGGAAAAGACUGAACCAAAAUUAGGCUGUUCGUCACUGUUGUGCAAUACAACAAUUGGGCAUAUUAGUCGCCAAAUUUUAAAGAAUUACAACCCCACGUUUAUAGAGCGAAAUAUAUGUGAUCAAAUUUGCACCAAUAAGCAACGCACAUUCGCGGUACUACACUGAGAAAAAGGUUUCUUUAUGCCAAUUAAAUAUAUUUGGUUGACACUUUUGUAAAAUAUUUAUUUCAAGCAAACGAAUUAUAUUUAAUAUAAAUGAACGUUUUGUUGGUAUUGCUAAUUUACUUUAUCAUUCAUAUUUGUGUCAACUCGGCGAUAUAGUUGACAUGAUUUAUUUCAUACAAAUGUGUGAGAUGUUGGAUCAAAUAAAGUUCGUUCUUUUGAGUGAAACGAAUGCGAUUUGUUGAGUCAACUCUAUAUUUCUUAAUAGAUAAGAAAUCUUGUUUUGUUUCGUGCUCGGUUCCGUGAGUCUCGCGCGUAAUCCUGCCAGUGCACGGCGCGCGCCUCGAUCUGCUUUUCCCGCCGGUUUCGCAGAGUACGCAUGGCGUCAUAAUCUACCGAAUUUCGCGAGUGCCGUGAGAUCGUGAUUGAGAAUAUUUGUGAAGUUGAAGGUAACCCUCCGUCGUCGAGGUCGAGGAGUCGCGUAGCGGGUGUGUAUGUGUGUGCACGUGUGUCGCGCGGAUUCGCACGCCAGGACGAUCGAUAAGCCGUCCGUCGUCAGGAUCGCGUCUUCCGGGGAACAAGACGCGGAUCGUCGGGAAGCCCGGCACGUGCCGGCACCGUUCCCUCGAGCCUAUACAAGCCGGCGAAAACCUAACCUGCAAAGGCAACUGACGCUUCGAGCCUAAUGAUGGAAGAUUUUUUGUGCGAUCUAUUGUCACCGUCCAAA